AUACCUUCGCAUAGGUCGAUCUCGUCGGUAGACGUUCUGUUUCUUCUCGAGUUUCUUAGCGAUCGCGCCUUCCUGUUUCUCGAGAGGAUCUCUCUCCAGAUCUCGCAGGAUCCGAAAAAGAGGAAGUAUCGCACGGAGACGUAUCGAACGAACGGAUCAGCGACGGACAGACAAGAGAUUUCGAUCGGCGAGAGUGCGCGAGUGCGAUCAAACGCUCUAUCAAACUGAAGGCUCCCCUGAAGGCUCCCCUCUCUUUCUCUCUCCAAGAUCGGUCGAUCAGGCUCGGGGAACCGUUUCUUUCGCGUCUCUGGAAUCGCGAGAGGAGGAGGAUAAGAGGAGAUCGCGGUAAACAAAGACACGUGACACAUCCUGCCUUCGUAAGCUGAAAGAAAAAAGAAUUGCCAGAUCUAACGAGACUUUCCGUACGAGGUCCGAAUUGUGCGAGUUUCCAGCGAGUAGAUUCUGGCCCGUAGAAUCUGCGAAUUCGGGGAAAAGGUACGUGUCAGUCGAUUCCCCUCGGGACGAGCGAUCGAGAUUCAUCGCGAAGCGAUCGGAAAAAAAAAAAAACUCCUGCUCCCUCUCCUCUCCGAUGAUCGAUCAAUGAGAAGAGUCGCGUUGGUGAGAUUCACGAAGAUGGACUUCAAGUAGCAGUAGCGGACGACCGGCGAGCCUUCGAGUUUUCUUGAUCCGUGUUGUAUCUCUGCUAUGAGUAUUCCCUGAGUAUUCCUCCUCCCGCUCGUUCUGAACGCCUUGUCGCGCAAAUAAGAAGGUGAACGUAUCGGAACCCCCUACCAUUCUUUUUAUUGCAUCCCCCCACCUGGGAGUAAAACACCUAACGCAGCAAACGUUCCCUCCGGAGAGAAAGAGAAAGAGAGAGAGAGAGAGAGAGAGAAAGAGACACACACAAACAGGCGAUCGCCAUUUUUCUCGACCGGGAUUCUUUAUCGGGAAGAACUUUGCUGUGCUUGCUGCGACACUGCGACACGAUGACCGGUAAAACAAUACAGCACCUGCUGUACACCCUGUUGGUGAUCGUCGGAGUCGUCCGCCGGAGCAAAUGCGACGUUUUCGAUCUGCCGGUGAGAAUCGAGCACGACGAAUACCUCAAGGAGUAUUUGUUCAUCGACGAAAGCAAGUAUCACGCUGACCUGCAGGAAUUCGACGACACAACGGUCGAGAUAGAUCUGAUCAAUCGUAACCGGAAGCACAUUCUGUCGCACGAGGAACCCAGGGUGCUAUACCAAGUCGGGAAUAGCGAGAAGGAGUUACCGGAGUGUGCGGACCGGAGCGAGGUAUGUAGCAAGGUGGAUUUAUAUGGUGCACCGUGGGUCGAGAGACAAUGUCGUUGCCCGAACGGCCGUGCCUGCCCCAGCAGUCUUCAUGGAGACGACGGACACACGAUCGCCGAUAAAACGCGCCGCUACAAGCUCUGCGAGCCCGUGAAACGGCUUCCCAUCUGUCAUUACUUCAAGGACAUUACGUGGACAUUGGCACCCGGAGGUGGCCCGGCGAAUGCGACGGUGCAACGCGUCUAUUGUCGAUGUCGACCAAACAGCGUGCCAUACCUAGUGCGUAGACAACCUCACAAAUCGCCGGAUGGAAAUCAUGGCUUCGUCUACGCCUUCGCCUGUUCUCCGCAAAGCAAAAUACGCUGCCAGCACAAGGAGCCCUGCCGCCUGUUCACCGUUCGCAAAAGACGCAACUCGCAGCUCGAGGAGGUGAACGCCUCGCCACUCUGCCAGUGUCCUCGUGGACACCGAUGCCCGCGGAGGCACACGGAUCCCGGUUCCACGCCGGCGCGAUCCUACGCCGGUGUCCUGGAGAUCAAGACUUACAGCGGCUACUGCGUGCCGUAUCACGGCUACGAAAAAAUGACCUACGGCAUUUGAGAGAGGCCGCGCUGCGAAACGUUAGGAACGGCCUCUCCCGCUGCAGCGACGGGUCCAGGAUGUCUGCCAAAUGAAAAUCCAAGGACUACACUUUACUUUAAUGGACUACUCCUUACCUUUAUCAUAUACACGUCCCCGUAGAAAGAAAGACGAUUGGUUCCCCGGCGUUACCACGGCCGAGUUAGGUCUCUAUCCUUUCGAGCGCGCAACGACUGGCCGUUCGUUACCUGCCGAUUGUCGAAACGUUCCCGUAAAAUCGCAGAGGCGGCUUCCAAUCCCCGAUCGAUUCCCGACGAGCACGUUCGGAUGAUCUCUCUCUCUCGAGGAGAGCCCAUCCGAACGUUCUUCCUUUAGCAAUUCUUCCCCCCUCUUUUUCUUCCUUUAUUCUUUUCGUCCCGAAGAAAGCGUGGUACACUCUCGGUCCGCUCCGUAGACAGGAAGUGUCGCGUAGGAAUCGCGAACAACGGGAAAUUAACAUACGCGCCGAUCGAUCGGCUGUACCAGCCAUGUGAUGCCGUGCCAUGUACAAUCCCCAGCGGCGUUGGCGAAUGUUAAGUGUAAAAAGUAAUGUACAGAAGAAUAUAUAGAGAUAAGAGAAUCAUGCCCGCCUACAAGUUUUGUACAGUACGUUUCGAAACGAUCGCCUCGCAUCCCCCGCAAUGUAACACGGGUCUCUCCAGUUAUCAUGCCCCUCGGUCAUAUCAGUCUCGUGAGUCUUUUUCUCUCUUAGUGCUACCGUUUUUUUCUUUUUAUACCGUUUCGUAGAAUAUUGCAGACGUCGCAGCUAUGUCAUCACAGUCGUUUUAAAUUUGUAUAUAUAUAUAUUCAUCUCUGGUCUUCCGAAAGUGUCUCAUUCGGGGAGUAUAUUGUAUAUGGUAGCAUCGCAAGACUAUUUGGAAGAGACUCUCUUGAUGUUAU